AUGACAUCCGUAAGAAAAAGAAAGAUGAACAGAUCUUCUGUUGGAAAGGCAACCAGGAGAACUAAAGACAAACAAAGGAAGAUUAACAUCCAGUCCAAUCCAAUUAUUGCAGCAAACUGGGACUAUUCCCUGACGAUGGCACAAAAUUAUAAGAAGUUAGGGCUAAGAGCCAAGUUGCAAACACCGGCGGGCGGCAAAGAGGCCGAUUUAAGUAAAGCAGUUAAAAGAGUGCCAUUAACGAAGUCUGUGUUGGAUGAAGACGAAGAUGAAGAUGAGGACAAGCAAAAUGAUUAUAUCGGGGCUAGCGUGGAACUCGAUGAAAAUGAGAUUCCAGAGGGUGAGGCAAGGAUACAGCGUGACAAGAAUGGUGAUGUUGUAAGAGUUGUUUACGGUAAGAAAAAAAUUUUUGAUGUUGAUGAGGAUGUUGACAAAAUAAAAGCUAGGGAUGCCACUAAGGGCACUGAAGUGGUUAGGCAAUUAGAAGAACUUGCGGCUAGACCAGUUAUUAGAAAGGAACGCUGUCAAAGUGAAAGGGAAGAAGAAUGGUUGGAAAGAUUAUAUAAGAAACAUGGUGAUGAUUACAAAAAAAUGUUCUUCGAUAAGAAGUUAAACAUCUAUCAACAAUCUGAGGGCGACUUGAAAAGAAGGUUAUUGAAGUGGAAAAAAAGAAACGGCAUCGUAUCGAAAUAG